AUGGCAAUGCAAAGCAGAAACCAAGAGGACCUUCAUCUGAUUCUCAGGCUCUUUAGACUCGAUCGAUUGAGGAGGCACUCCUUCAAUGAGUGGAUGCAAUCUGUUCACAGAUCAGCUAACAAGGUGAAUAAUACUCCAUCUAAUGUUGAUAUUGGUACGAUUUCCAUUCCAAUAUUGCAACAAUUUGAUGAAGUAAUGACUGAACAUGCUGAUAGUGUUGAUGAUAAAUUUAGGCCACCCGAUCAUAUUGAAAUGCAUCCUGUUUCUAGCCCUGUACAGGUUGAUCUUGAUGAUAUACAGGAUGAGGUGGAUUUUUGGAAUUCUUCCAUUAUCUGCUAUAUUAUUGGUGCUAAUCCCCCAAUACAUGUUAUGGAAGGGUUUAUUAGGAGAAUCUGGAAGAAAUUUAAUGUUGAUAAGGUGGUGUUGGUGAAAAAGGGAAUCUACUUAGUGAGAUUUCUGACUAUGGACAUGAGAGACAAAGUCACUUCUGGCCAUUUUUUCUUUGACAGCAAACCUAUGAUAGUGAAACCCUGGAGUGUUGAUAUGGAUAUGGAGAAGGAAGAGAUCAAAUCUUUAGGCAAACCAAUUAAGAGGGAUGCAACCACUGUGAGUAGGGAUAAACUUCAGUAUGCUAGGGUGUUUGUUGAUAUGCCAAUCACACAAAAUCUUCCUGAUAAAGUUUCAUUUAUGAAUGAGCAUGGUGAGAUGGUUCAAGUACCUAUCACCUAUGAGUGGAGACCAACUGUUUGUGAUAACUGCAAACUAGUUGGACAUUCAACCAUUGAGUGUAGGAAGGGGAAAACUAAGAGAAUAUGGGUGCAGAAAAAACAACAAGUUCAGAAUCACACAGAAGUGGUGGCACCAGAGGUGGAUCAGGAGGGGUUUCAAAGAAGUCUCAGGCCAAUUAGGGUUAGACCUACCAACUUGGUUCCAACACCAGUUGAUAAUUCUUUCCAAAUGCUGAAUGAUGACGGUGGUCACAGUGCUUGCAGUACUGCUGAGUUGGAUAGGGAAGAUGACAUUGAGGAGGGUAACACAGGAAGAGGGAACUCUUCCAAAUCUUAUGGAUAG